AUGGAAGUCUACGAGGUCGUCAAAAGUAUCGGAAGUGGGAACUUUGGCCAAGUUUACCUAGUCAGACAUAAGUAUGAAGGCCGAAAUUACGUGGUCAAGAAGAUAAAGACCAGGGACAUGAACGACAAAGACAGAGAAAACACAGAGCAAGAGGUCAGGCUCCUCCAAAAGCUGAGGCACGCCAACAUUGUCGCUUAUAAAGACUCAUAUAUAGAUAGAGAACAGUAUCUCUGCAUUGUAAUGGUUUACUGCGAAGGUGGGGAUAUUUAUUUGAAAAUAAAAGACGCUAAAGGCAAGAAAUUCAGUGAAGCCCAAAUUUUAGAAUGGAUCGCUCAAAUUCUUUUAGCUUUAUUAUACCUACAUGAGAGGAAAAUUCUCCACAGAGACCUAAAAACCCAAAAUAUCUUUAUAAAGAACGGAAAAAUCAGGCUAGGCGAUUUUGGGAUCGCAAAAGUCCUUGAUGGCACCAAAGAUUUUGCGAAUACUUGCAUAGGGACUCCUUAUUAUAUGUCUCCAGAGCUGUUUAAAAAUAAGCCGUAUUCGUAUAAAAGCGACGUCUGGGCUUUUGGCUGUGUUAUUUAUGAGAUGAUGAACUUAAGGCACGCUUUUGACGCACAAAGCUUGAAUGGGCUUGCUAUGAAGAUUUUAAAAGGAAGCUACCCGCCUACCUCGCCAUUUUACUCCAAAGGCCUCCGUGACAUUGUCACCAAAAUGCUUUCAGUGAACCCUAGCCAAAGGCCUACACUUAUAGACUUAUUAAACGGUUUCUUCACACGAGGUCUACUCCAUAAAGACUAUUUUUUUUUGGCCUAAUUUUUUUUUGGCCUAAUUUUUUUUGGCCUAUUUUUUUUUGGCCUAUUUUUUUUUGGCCUAUUAUUUUUUGGCCUAUUUUUUUUUGGCCUAUUUUUUUUUGGCCUAUUGUUUUUUAGCCUAUUUUUUUUUGGCCGAUUUUUUUUUGGCCUAUUUUUUUUUGGCCUAUUUUUUUUUGGCCUAUUUCUUUCUGGCCUAUUUUUUUUUGGCCUAUUUUUUUUUGGCCUAUUUUUUUGGGCCAUUUUUUAGCUAUUUUUUACUAAUAUUUGAGCCUAAUUUCAUACUAAUGAUUUUAAUAUAAUUUUUAAUGCAUUUUAAACGAUUUUAUCAACAUAAAAUACACCUUUAACAGAUCUCUUACUCCAUGAAUGCUAAUUCAUUACUUUUUAAAUUUCGAGAAUUUUAAAUUUAAUUGGGAUUUUUCCACUUAAUUUACUCAAUAUUAAUCGUGUAAGGAAAUACAUCCGUUACCCAAUAAUUAUUUAGUCUCUCAGCAGCUUCAUGAAUUAUCCUCGACAGAAAAAUAGACCAAAAAAAAUAGGCCAAAAAAAAAUAGGCCAAAAAAAAAUAGGCCAAAAAAAAAUAGGCCAAAAAAAAUAGGCCAAAAAAAAAUAGGUUAAAAAAUAAUAGGCCAAAAAAAAAUUAGGCUAAAAAAAAAUAGGCCAAAAAAAAUAUAGGCCAAAAAAAAAAUAGGCCAAAAAAAAUAGGCCAAAAAAAAAUAGGCCAAAAAAAAAAUAGGCCAAAAAAAAAUAGGCCCAAAAAAAAAUAGGCCAAAAAAAAAAUAUGCCAAAAAAAAAAUAGGCCAAAAAAAAAUAGGCCAAAAAAAAAUAGGCCAAAAAAAAUUAGGCCAAAAACAAAAAUAGUCGUUAUGGAGUAGACCUCGUGUGAAGACACGUUAUUAAACACACCCUUAAUCAGACGUCACGUCGUCAUUUAUUUGCGUGACUGCUUAACUCCAACCACAGAGCCUAAAGACCUAGACGAUAUCAAUGUAGAUUCCCUCAAAGACCAAGCUGAAAGAUACGGAUUAAUGCCACUAAUAAACGGAGAGUCCAAAAUGCCUCAGCCUAUUCAAAGGAGUGAGCAGCAAAUUGAAGCCAAACUAAAAAAAGAAGAAGAAGAAAAGCAAGAAAUGGAAGUUUUACUAUCAAAAUUAACAGCCCAGAAAAAAGAAAUAAAGUCAAAAUUAAAGCAAAAUAUCAACAAAGUGAAGCAGCAAGAGACAGAAAAAGCAAAUGAGCUGGAAAAGCAGCAAAAACAAAAGCAGGUGGACGCAGAAAAACGAAGAGAUGCCCAAUUGCAAGAAAAAAGGAAAAAAGCUAAGGCUUAUAAUAAAAGAGUAGAAGACAACAGUAAAUCUGAAGAAGACAAAAGACAAGAAGAGUCUACAACGGCAAGAGACAGAGUAAUUGCAGAAAAAGAAAAAAGGAGAAAAGAAGAAGAGGACAGAAAAUAUGCAGAGCUUAUGCAGAUACACCAGCAGAAUCAGUAUAACAGACAGGUCGCAGUUGAAAUGCACCAGGCGCAGUUCAGGACUUCUUCUAUAUUACAGUCAGCUCUUACUUAUGAAAAAGUCGCCCCAAAUCUUACAGAAGAAGAACUAAAAGAAGUGGCAGAGUAUGAAGAAGAGUCGACUGAAGCACAAACUGAUGAAGAAGAGCUUAAAAAGCUUGAAGAACUUAGGCUUAUUAAUCAGCAAGUUAAUGACACAAUAGAAAGAAUCCAAGUAAAAACGAUAAGGAUCGAAGAAAUGAGAGAAAGCUUGAGGUUUUCGAAGUCUGGGAUGUCAGGGUUCGAGCCUGAUCCACCUGAUGAGGUUGAAGAAAUUAAUGAAGAAAACAGCCCAGAGGUAAAUUAUGGAGAAUUAGAAGCUGUAGAAGAACUAGAAGAGGAAGAAGCCAAAGAAGAGCUCCCAUCGUGACAUUCAAAGCUUAUUCCUUCAAUUAAUAGCGAGCGCUUUUUAUUAAUUUUUGUAUAGUGAAUAAAAAUACGAUUUUUAAGCCAAAAAUUAAUUGCUCAGAACUUUUUUAUUACCAAUAGGCUAGAGAAAAAUUAAAGCUUCUCCAACAGUAAUUUCUAUUUAGUAAGUGUGAAGCUGGAAUUGGCCACCAACUCUAUGAAAGAAGCUUGAAUUUGCUUAAAGAAAUGUCUGGGCAUAAUAACGACGCUAUAAGGAGCGCUUUAAUUGAACUGCUAGGCAUCAACAAUAUUGGGUACUGGGUCAUUCUUGACCAGAUAAUAGUCAUUGAAAGCUCUUUAACCUAA